AGCUUUAACAAACUUCAAGAAGAGGUCAGUGGAAACCUCACCAACCAAUCCAUGAUGCUCCCCUGACUGUAAGGACACAUCUGCCGGACGGAAGACUGGACAGAAGCACUUUGUGACAGCUGUCAGAAAAGCAGACGAGAAGAGACCUCAGAGGGACUCGGUCCCUCCACAGUGGCCCGUCCCGUAGGCAUUGAUCAUUGACAGGCAAGUUAAUGAUUAGUGCUGGAUGCUUCUGCCGGAGGGACCACCAGACAGAGCUUCAGUGGACUCCUGGGGACUGUGUUGUCCCUCUGUGAGCCGAUCGUCUUCAGUCCUCAGUAGAUCUGCAGCGUGACCAGAGGGCCACUCGAGAGGAUCAGCAGUGGCCAAAGUUUUCGGGGACUACGAGUUAGAGCUCAAAGUGUGCACAAGUGAAGAUGGACGGCGGAAGUUUGUCUGUUAGUCUUUCUCUGAUUUCUUUUUUGAUCCGUUGAGGGGGUCAACGUGACACGUGCUAUUGCUCACUGCGGUGGCACAACAAAGCAAAACAACAAACGACAACUUCCACUUCUGGAACAUUCUUGGCAAAUUAGAUGUCACAGUGCUGAGAGGCGAAGUUAAUAUUGGACUUAUUAGGAGUUAUAGCAUUGGUUCUGAGGGACCUUUGGGGAGAAUGGACACACAGAGAACUUCCCAAAUGAUGGGGCUACACCGGUUGAUGAUCUCCCUGACCCUUCUCGUGUUUCUGGGUGAUGUUGCACUGGGUGCCAUGCCAUGGAGACCGUGCACAGCCGGCAUGGGUAGACUAGAUAAAGGUGCGGCAGCAUCAGUAGAGAUGGUGAAGGAAGAGGUGACGAGGGGAGGAAGUCAUGUAGAGAUAAAGGACUCGUCUCCUGCCCCAGCAGACCUGCUGCCCCUGGACUUCCUGUCCCGCGUGCUCCCGCAGGAAGGCCAGGCCGUCGGCGCAGGGGUGCGGCUGGUCCAGGACGGAGGGGUGCAAGGGGUCCAGUUGUCCGGUCCGCUGCGAGGCCUCGGCUUCCCCUCCUCGCAGAUCUUUGUCAACUGUCAGCGCUUCCCCUCCGAGUUUUCUGUCGUUGUGACGAUAAAGGUGGAUCGCAUUGCACCAAAGAUGAGUGAGUACAUCUUUUCCAUGGUGAGGGGUGAUGGCAACCAGCUCCUGUUGGGGCUGAAGUUCUCCAAGGAGCAUCUCCACUUCCUCUACCAGGGGUCAGAAGUCAAGGAGCGGCUGACCUUCCGGAACAUGCAUCUGGCCGACGGGCACUGGCACACACUGGUGCUGGCUCUGAGCGGGCAACAUGCCACGCUGACCAUAGACUGUGGAAUGGCUCUGGAGCUGGUUCUUAAGAAACCAUUCCCUGCAGACCUCAACACAAGCGGCUCCAGGAUCUAUGUAGGCAACCGGAAGCGCUGGAAAGGACUGUUUUCGGGUUUACUGCGUCAGCUGGUUCUCUUGCCUGGUUCUGAUGCCAUCACACGGAUCUGCCCCUCCUCAAACCCCCGGCUGGCAGAGCUGGCUGUCCCUGCUGCCCUGGGUCAACUACCUGUACCACUGCCAGGAAACGAUGUUCUCUCGCCUCCAUACGAGUCGGAGGUGCGGGUCACCCUGGGAUCACGCCCCUCCUGCACGGGAACGGAGAGGGGUCAGCUCUGGUUUGACACCCUGAAGAGAGGCCUCUUCCUGUGUGAUGGAGCCUCCUGGCUUCCUAUGCUGCAAGAGAAACAGCGUCUAGACUAUGUGGAUGAUCACCAGGACGUCUUCACCAGCUCAGAGACGUAUGACAUCGAGGUGUUUCAGGUGCCCACCGUGGGUCUGUUUGCCGCCAUGGCUCACCGCUCCACAACCCCCGGCUCAGGCAUCUACAAGUGGACCAAUGGACGCUUCCAACUCUACCAGAACAUCAGCACCUGCGAGGCCGUGGCCUGGAAGCACUUCACUGUGGGGAAAAAGGUGUUCUUGGCUGUGUCAAAUUCAAAAGGGCCAGUGGAGGGAUGGAAGGAGGUCUCCAUCAUCUACAAGUGGAGCUUGAAGAAACUCAAGUUUGUGCGUUACCAGACCCUGGAGACCCACAGCGCUCGAGACUGGGAAGCUUUCCAGAUCAACGAUGAGUCCUUCCUGGCAGUAGCGAAUCACAGGAGAGCCAAUGGAGACCACAACAUCAACAGUGUUAUCUACAAGUGGAACCCAGGCACCAAGGCCUUCGAGGUGAACCAGACCCUCUUGACUUCAGGGGCCUACGACUGGGAGUUCUUCACCAUUGGUCCAUACCAUUUCCUGGCAGUAGCAAAUGCUUUUGAUGGUAUAUCCACCUACAUCGACUCCACCAUAUACAUCUGGCUUCAAGGAGGAUUUAAGCCCUUUCAGACCAUACGGACUCUUGGGGCGACAGACUGGGAGAUGUUUCGCAUUGGAGACAGGUAUUUCCUGGCGGUGGCCAAUGGACAUAUGUUAUAUGACAAACGCCCAAGCCUCUAUGCCAUUAACUCCACCAUAUAUGAGCUGGACAUGGCCACACAGAUGUUCCUUGCGUUUCAGAACAUUGGAACCUACAGUGCUGUAGAUUGGGAGUUCUUCACCAUUGGUGAGGAGAAGUUUCUUGUGGUUGCAAACUCAUACGAUGGAACAACCUAUUCAUUAAACAGUGUUAUAUACAGGUGGCAAGGCUACGAGGGCUUCAUCCCUGUCCACCGCCUGCCCACCAUUGGAUGCAGUGACUGGGAGUUCUUCUCCUCACCAGAGGGCCAAUCGUACCUCAUCUACUCCAGUGCCAGACAGCCGCUCUCCAAAGUCUUCAAGCUCAAAACAAACUGAGCACAAAUUCAGGCAUCGGAGGGAAAGUGUCCGUAGUAACUCUCACCCAUGCAGUCAGCCAUGACACUUGCAGGGAGACACUGCUUCAGGUUCCAGGAGGCAGAAGAGCCGUCAUUCUUAAACUCCUGCAGUCAGACCUGGGGGGCAAAUGCAUGUAGUUAAUGACAUAGGUUACAUACAUAGAGAGGAUUUAUGGAAUGCUAUUAAUUCACUGAAGAUAUUGAUUCCAUUCAUGGGUUGCAGUAGGGAUUGCAUCUUUGCCUGCACCGGUGUGCCAGCCAGAAACUCAGAUUCUGCAUCUCUGUGUGGUUUGCCAUCUUUGUUUGUAAUUACUAAUGAUGCCUGUACCUUACAAAUGAUGUUCGAUUUCAAUGAGCUGCCAUACUGAUCAUCAGAAGAAACUGACUAGACCUUUUAAGUGAGGCUCAAAAUGCACACAUAAGCAAAAAAUAUUUAGCCUACCCUUUCUCUUGAACAAGAGGAGCAAGGACUAAACACAAGGCUAAAACUUGUGAAAAAUGUAGAUAUAUUUGUAACUAACUGAAGAAUAAUAUACUCAGGUGACUAUAGCGAAAAAAAAUAGACAUAUAGCCUGAAUCAACAACUAAAACAACAAUGGUCUUUCUUAUCCAUGAAAAAACAAUGAUUUGCUAUUGUAAAUGGUUAAUUUGUUUGACGUGAUUUGAAAAAGUUCAGGAAUAUUUCUCUUUUUUUUCCGGGAGCACACUGGAAACAGGCUUUGUUUAUGAUCUAGGCCUAAUAAUGUUUUUAUAAUGCUGGAAACACAAAUCUUUCCCAAGAUGUUCAUUAUGUAAGCUCUUUAUAGCCUAGCCUACCAUUUGGAAUGGGAUCUGGGAAAACUCAUCACAUGGUGAAAUUUCACCAACUUAAGACUCCGAUACAAUCCUAGCAACAUCCUGGUUACCGUCCCCUAGCAACAUCCUGGAUACCAUCCUAACAAUAUCCUGGAUAUUGUCCCCUAGCAACAUCCUGGAUACCAUCGUAGCAACAUCCAUUAAGAUGGAAUCUUAAGUUGGUGAAAUUUCACCAUGUGAUGGGUUUUCCCCGUUUGAUUUCUGUAAUUUAUUUAAUAAUAUAUGUGUGUAAAUAAAAGCUAACUGUGUGUAAA